AUGCCAGCGGGAUCCGUAAGACUACAAAGCAUCAAGAAACUCGGACAGGAUAACCACAGCUAUGAGGUUUCCGGCGAAGAACCAGCUGGCUCUUACAUGUCCAUGACAAAUUCUAAGAACACGGAGAAAGCUCAAGGAAACCAAGACCAACCUGCUAUUAGAGUCAGCUUCUUCCAGCUGUUCCGCUUUUCCACCUGCAAAGAUGUUGUGAUGAUGGUGGUGGGCAGCCUGUGUGCAGUGCUGCAUGGCUCGGCCCAGCCCCUCAUGUUGCUGGUGUUCGGCCUGCUCACCGACACCUUCAUCGAGUACGACAUCGAGCUCACCGAGCUGAACGACGACAGGAAGGAGUGCGUGAACAACACCAUCCAGUGGAAGAGGAACUACAGCGCAGCAGCAGACCUGAGUCUGCCUCUGAACCUGUCGGACCUGGGUCUUAUCAACUCCACAUUAGAGAUGUUCACUCCACUGGGAAACAUGUCGUGUGGGCUUCUUGACAUCGAACACGAAAUGACCAUGUUUGCCUUCUAUUAUGUUGGGAUAGGAUUUUCUGUAUUCAUACUCGGAUACGUUCAGAUCUCUCUGUGGGUGACAGCCGCUGCCAGGCAGAUUCAGCUCAUCAGAAAAAUGUACUUCAGCAAAGUGAUGAGGAUGGAGAUCGGCUGGUUUGACUGCACCUCUGUGGGGGAGCUCAACACUCGCAUGUCAGAUGACAUAAACAAGAUCAAUGACGCCAUUGCGGACCAGGUGGCCAUAUUUAUCCAGCGCUUCACCACGUUUGUAUGUGGUUUCUGCGUCGGGUUUGUCAAAGGGUGGAAGCUGACGCUCGUCAUCAUCGCUGUCAGUCCACUGAUUGGGAUUGGAGCAGGUCUCAUGGCUUUGUUCGUGGCUAAACUGACAGGAAUGGAGCUGCAGGCCUACGCGACAGCUGGAGCUGUGGCUGACGAGGUCCUCUCCGCCAUCAGAACUGUAGCCGCUUUUGGAGGAGAGAACAAGGAAGUAGAAAGGUAUGACAAGAACUUGAUCUCGGCUCAGCGAUGGGGGAUCAGGAAGGGUAUGAUCAUGGGUUUUUUCACCGGAUACAUGUGGCUGAUCAUCUUCCUGUGCUAUGCACUGGCCUUCUGGUACGGCUCUACUCUUGUCAUAGACACAGGGGAGUACACUCCGGGAACACUACUGCAGGUGUUUUUCGGGGUGCUGAUUGCAGCCAUGAAUUUGGGACAAGCCUCCCCGUGUUUGGAGUCAUUUGCAUCCGGCCGUGGAGCCGCAACCAUAAUAUUUGAGACUAUUGACAGGGAGCCAGAGAUUGACUGUUUAUCAGAGGCUGGAUAUAAGCUGGACAGGGUGAAAGGAGAUAUUGAAUUUCACAACGUGACCUUCCACUAUCCAUCCAGGCCUGAAGUUAAGAUCCUGGACCAGCUCAACGUCGCUGUCAAGUCGGGUGAGACCACCGCCUUUGUGGGGCCAAGCGGAGCAGGGAAAAGCACUGCCAUUCAACUCAUUCAGCGUUUCUACGACCCUAAAGUAGGGAUGGUGACACUGGAUGGUCAUGACAUCAGAGGCCUGAACAUCCAAUGGCUGCGCUCUCUGAUUGGCAUCGUGGAGCAGGAACCUGUACUGUUUGCCACCACCAUUGCAGAGAACAUACGCUAUGGUCGACCUGGGGUCUCUAUGGAGGACAUCAUCACUGCUGCGAAGGAGGCCAACGCAUACAACUUCAUUAUGGACCUUCCACAGAAAUUUGACACUUUGGUAGGGGAAGGUGGGGGCCAGAUGAGCGGUGGGCAGAAACAGAGGAUAGCCAUUGCUCGUGCGUUGGUCAGGAACCCACGCAUCUUACUGCUGGACAUGGCGACCUCUGCUCUGGACAAUGAAAGUGAAGCUAUUGUCCAGGAAGCUUUGGAUAAAGUACGCAUGGGACGCACCACCAUCUCAAUUGCUCACCGACUGUCCACCAUUAAGAACGCAGACGUGAUAGUUGGUUUCGAGCAUGGCCGGGCAGUGGAGAGGGGCAAACACAACGAACUGUUGGAGAGGAAGGGGGUAUACUUCACUCUGGUAACCCUGCAGAGCCAAGGAGACAAGGCUUUGAAUGAGAAAGCCAGGCAAAUGGCUGAUGAAGAAGAACAGGAGCCAGAACGGUUAAAUCUCGCCAGAGCGGGCAGCUAUCGUGCCAGUUUAAGAGCCUCAAUCCGCCAGAGAUCUCGAUCCCAGCUUUCCAACCUGGUCCCAGAAUCCUCAGUACCUAUUGCUGGAGAUCUCGCACCCAGAGCCUUCGCAAUGCCCCAAGAAGAUCAAGUUAAGAAAGCCAUACCAGAAGAGGAUGACGAUGAACUUGUAGAACCUGCUCCAGUUGCCAGGAUUCUGAAGUACAACGCGCCUGAGUGGCCUUACAUGCUUUUUGGAUCUCUUGGGGCUGCUGUUAAUGGAGGAGUUAACCCAGUUUAUGCACUGCUGUUCAGUCAAAUCUUGGCGACGUUUGCUGUGACAGACCCUGAAGCUCAAAGGAAAGAGAUUGAUGGAAUCUGUGUGUUCUUUGUUAUUGUUGGAGUCGUCUCUUUCUUCACCCAGAUGCUGCAGGGUUAUGCCUUUGCCAAGUCUGGAGAGCUGCUGACCCGCAGGUUAAGGCGAAUCGGUUUCAAAGCCAUGCUUGGGCAAGAAAUUGGUUGGUUUGAUGAUCACAGGAACAGCCCUGGGGCGCUCACCACUCGUCUGGCAACUGAUGCUUCGCAAGUGCAAGGGGCUACAGGCUCCCAGAUUGGUAUGAUCGUCAACUCUCUGACCAACAUCGGCGUGGCCCUCAUCAUGUCCUUCUACUUCAGCUGGAAGCUCACACUCCUCAUCCUCUGCUUCCUGCCGUUCAUCGCUCUCUCAGGUGGCUUUCAGGCCAAGAUGCUGACAGGUUUCGCCAAGCAGGACAAGCAGGCCAUGGAAUCUGCUGGGCAGGUCAGAAAAAACAUACAGAACAUAUGUCUACAUGUAACUAGAACUCAGAACAAUGAAAGAGAAAUAACAACCUAUCUCUGUUUCAGGGUGAUCUCAGCGAUCGUCACCAGCGGCACCGCUUUAGGCAGAGCCUCCUCUUACACUCCGGAUUAUGCCAAGGCUAAGAUAUCAGCAGCACGUUUCUUCCAGCUGCUGGACCGUGUGCCUACCAUCAGCGUCUACAGCAACAGGGGAGAAAAAUGGGAUAACUUCCAAGGGAACCUUGAGUUCAUAGAUUGCAAGUUCACUUACCCCACUAGGCCUGACAUCCAGGUGCUGAAUGGCUUAAAUGUUUCAGUAAAGCCUGGACAGACAUUGGCCUUCGUGGGCAGCAGUGGCUGUGGGAAGAGCACCAGUGUGCAGCUGCUAGAGCGGUUCUAUGAUCCUGAUCAUGGCAAAGUGCUGAUUGAUGGGCAUGAAUCAACUCGCGUCAACGUGCCCUUCCUUCGUUCCAAGAUUGGCAUUGUUUCACAAGAGCCUGUGCUGUUUGACUGCAGCAUUGCGGAGAACAUUAAGUAUGGAGACAACUCACGAGAAAUCAGCAUGGACGAAGUCAUCUCGGCUGCCAAGAAGGCCCAGCUUCAUGACUUUGUUAUGGCACUCCCAGAGAAAUACAACACCAACGUGGGCUCUCAGGGUUCUCAGCUGUCUCGUGGUCAGAAACAGCGCAUCGCCAUUGCCAGGGCAAUCAUACGUGACCCCAAGAUCCUGCUCCUGGAUGAGGCAACCUCCGCCUUGGACACGGAGAGCGAGAAGACUGUUCAAGAAGCCCUGGACAAAGCCAGAGAGGGACGGACAUGCAUCGUCAUCGCUCAUCGCCUAUCCACCAUUCAGAACUCUGACAUCAUCGCUGUCAUGUCCAGGGGCUUUGUGGUUGAGAAGGGGAACCAUGACCAGCUCAUGGCCAUGAAUGGAGCUUAUUACAAGCUGGUUACGACGGGAGCACCAAUCAGCUAA